UUUUUUUUGAUGAAUUUGUCUCUUCUUUACUCAACCACCGGAGAAAGUGUCGUCACUCUCCCCAUAAUGAAAAUAGAGAGGCUCCACAUCGAGAAUGACGAUAAGAAUUAAUUAUGGUCUUGUGCAAUUUAUUGGGUUAGAAGACAUGGUACAGAAAGAUAAUUACUUCUUCUGAGAUAUAAUCGGUGGCUUCGGUGGAGAUCUGGUCUUGUGUCAAGAAAUGGCCGCAGAUCCCGCGAUUCACGAAGAAUUGCUAGCGAGGAACAUCAGGAAACAGCUUGCUGCCAUCGUUACGAAGAUGCAGUGGAGUUAUGCAUUCUUUUGGUCAGCUUCCACCACGCAACCCGGUGUCUUGGAAUGGUAUGGUGGAUUUUAUAAUGGUCAAAUAAAAACAAGGAAGAUGAUUCAACCAAUAGAACUUGAAGCUGACCAAAUGAGCCUUCGGAGGAGCGAGCAACUGAGGGAAUUGUAUGAAUCACUUUCAUCGGGUGAUAGCAAUCAGCAGAUGAGAAGGGCUUGUGCUGCAUUGUCUCCGGAGGAUUUGACUGAUGCAGAAUGGUACUACUUGAUUUGCAUGUCCUUCGCAUUCAAUAUAGGACAAGGAUUGCCAGGUAAAGCAUUUGCAGACAAUCAACACAUCUGGUUGAACGGUUCUCAAUUUGCAAAUUGCAAGAUGUUUUCACGCUCUCUUUUAGCAAAGAGUGCAUCUAUUCAGACAGUGGUGUGCAUCCCUAUCAUGGAUGGUGUACUAGAGCUUGGAACAACUGAUCUAAUUUUGAAGGAUCCUGCCAUCAUAGAGAAGAUCACAAGUUCUAUCUGGGAGCUACCAAAUCCGAUUUGCUCUGAGCAAUCUAUAUCCGGUCGUCGAAUGGCUGAGAACGACGAAGAUCAUUUAUGCCCUAAUCUUGAUAAUAACAUAGAUGACUGUAUCGACUUGGAGGACCAGAAUCUGAUCGUCGAUCCUCAAACCCAAUUGGGCAAUGGUCCAACACACAUUCCAUUUCAUUUGUAUGCCCCUAUCGUACAAACAGAACCAGUCCGAUGCAUGAUCGAGGAGCUACAUACAAGCACACGUGAAGAACUAAUUGUAGGUUCUUCAGAUGGCAGUUUAAAUGAUGGCUGCCCCACGCAAAAGGUAGAAGAUGCAUUUGGAGUUGAUGGGCUAAAUGACAUAUCUCAGACUCAGAGUAGGCAGUUUAUAGAUGAUGAGUUCAGCAAUGUCCUACAUGGCUAUUUGGAUUCUGAUGGGCAUGAACCGAUGUCUUUUGUUCAUGUUCAGAGAGUUGUCUCUGGCACUGUGGGAGAAAGAAAAAACAACCAGAUUGUUGACGGUGUUCAACAGAGAAGCCUUAGCAGGAUAGUUCCACUGGAUCUUGAUGGUGAUGAUUCACAGUCUGCAGAGGCAGUUGCUGUCAUUUUACAGAAUUCAAAACAUGUAAAACCAGUUUCAAGCUACCCGAAGAUUUCUCAUAAAUCCAGUUUUGCAAUCUGGAGAAUUGAUAUGAACCCACCAAAACCAUUCACUAGCAUGUCUCAGAAGCUGUUAAAGAAACUUCUAGUGGAUAUAACAUGGUUGCGUCAUGUCUUAUCAGAGAGGAGGAGAAGAGAGAAGUUGAAGGAGAAAUUUCUUGUUUUGAGAUCACUUAUUCCGUCUAUCAGCAAGGUCGACAAGGCAUCCGUCCUUGGUAACACCAUAGAUUAUCUGAAAGAUCUUAAGAGAAGACUGCUGGAGUUGGAAUCCUGCCAGGAUUCAGCGGAGCUUGAGAUUGCGGAGAGCAGGAAGCAUCCUGAUGUAGCAAAGCGAUCAUCUGACAAUUACAGGAACAAAGAGAUCGUGAAUGGCGAGAAUUCUUUAGCAAAGAAGCGGAAAGUAUCUGACGUCGAUAGAACAAAUGCCGAGCACCUCUGGAUCUUGACCAAGGAUAGACCAAUCGAGGUAAACGUCACCUUGAAGGACAAAGAGGUUUUGGUAGAGAUGCACUGUCCAUGGAGGGAAAGCUUGGUGUUCGAGAUAGUGGAAUCUAUAAGCAACCUCCAUUUGGAUCUGCUCUCGGUGCAAUCUUCCACUGUCGAUGGCAUGCUUUCCCUGGCAAUAAAAUCCAAGUUUAGAAGCACCAGUGUUGCCUCACCAGGAAUGAUAAAGCAAUCAAUUCAAAGAGUGAUGGGAUUAUUAUAGCUGGUGGCAUCCUCUUCCCUAAUGACAGCAGGUCGUUGAGCCCUUACGGAUCUUUCUUCAAGUCAACUGAGCACCAGUGUGUCACGUAAGUACGUGCAGGUUCUCCUCGAUCUUCAGGGAAAAUGAAAGCUAAUGGAGUACACUCAGGAAGUAGCUUGCAAGGGAUGAGCAGUUGGUUAUCCCUAUUACUCAGAAGAUGGAUGUAAACAUAAUUCAGUGGACGAAAAAGAUAGUAGAAAACCUAAAGAUGAUGACGUCUAUUCAUGAAUCAGCUUGCGAGGGAAGAGCACUUGUCUUCAUGGCAAUCUAUA